GAGUACAACUACACUCCAAAAAUGUUCAUCUGAUCGAUUCGUGAAAACAGUACAGCUAUUGUGAACAAUGAUUUAGAACAACUCAUAUUAAGCGAUGUUGAAAAUCAUUUGGGAAAAACUACCUGUGUAAUAUAUCACAUGCGACCAACGAGUAAUGAACAACCGUCGCCAUAACAUUUAUCCGUCUAUAGGUACACUGUUUAACGCUUGCGCCGAACGCCGACUCACUUGUCUUUUGCUGGCUUGCGCCUUGUCGCUCGUGCAGUGUCCCGUUGACCAUGUGCUCCUUCGGUUAUGCUAUCACGAACAAAACGCGAAUAACAAUAUAUUUCGAAGUCGCCAAACUGUUCGUAUAGUUUGUCGAUCGGAUUACAUGCGUAUGUGUAUGCAAUUUCGAUGUACCACAAAACACUCAAUGGUAACACGUCGAAUAUAAUAUACAAUUUUUUUUAUGUUUUAAAAUUAUGAAGAUUUGGAAAUAAACAAAAAUAUUGACAUUUCAACUAAAAGAAAAUUUUAGUCCUCAAGACAUAAAUAUAUUAUUCAUUUAUUAUUCUUAUACAAUUGUACAAAUGUGAAGUUUAAAAUUAAAACGGGUUUUUUAAGUGAUGUAUUUGACUAUCUUAAAUUUCGAGUUUUUUAAGUGAUCAAAAGUGAAUUUAAUAAUAAAUUUUUUUUUUAACAAAGUUUCAUUAUGAAGAAAUUUCUUAAUUUUGGGAUUCUCAUAUUUUAUGUUAUACCGUGUACCUUGACGUUGAUUCAAAACCCAACUAAAUUUCAAGGUCGCGACCAUUGGUACGAAGAGGCGAGAUCUGCGCUGAAAAAACGGCUGGCCAGCUACGAGGGUAAAAUGGGAAGAGCGAAAAACGUGGUGUUUUUGGUCGGUGAUGGAAUGGGUGCGUCUACGUUGACCGCAUCGAGAAUAUUCAAAGGACAGAGACGGGGCAACCAAGGAGAAGAGGAGCAAUUGAUUUGGGAUUCGUUUCCCGCUGUGGCAAUGGCAAAGACCUACAAUUUAAACGCUCAAAUUGGUGAAUCGUCAGCAUGUGCUACUGCAUUAUUGUGUGGUGUUAAAGCCAAUUUCGAAACAGUUGGCUUGGACGGCAAUGGAAAGUUCGAAAAUUGUUAUUCCAGUUUUGCGUCUAGAGUUGACUCAUUAGCUUACUGGGCUCAACAGCAAGGUAAAUCGACUGGACUAGUUACCAAUACUCGAAUUACUCAUGCUACGCCAUCGGCGUUAUAUGCACACUCACCUAGCCGAUAUUGGGAAGAUGACGGAAAAGUGCCCAUUCCUGCAAGAAAAUCCUGUAAGGACAUUGCCCGCCAACUGGUAGAAGAUGAUCCUGGUAGAUUUAUAAAUGUGAUAUUAGGCGGAGGCAGAAGACACUGGCUACCAAAAGUAGCACAGGAUCCAGAACAACCAACAGACGAAGGUAGACGAUUAGACGGCCGGAAUUUGAUAGAUGAUUGGAUUAGGGAUAAAAAAAAACGAAACAUAAAAGCCGAAUAUGUGUGGAAUAAUAGUCAGCUGGACAAAAUUGAUGCGAAAAAUGUUGAUUAUCUUUUAGGUUUGUUUGCGUAUUCGCAUAUGGAGUUUGAGGUAGACCGAGACAAAGGACAAAAUGGUGACCCACCACUACAUGAGAUGGCCGUCAAAGCGUUAUCUAUACUCCAGAAGAACAACAAAGGAUUUUUUCUAUUUGUUGAAAGUGGACGCAUCGACCACGCACAUCAUUACAAUAAUCCUUACAGGGCGUUAGAAGAAACGCUUGUUUUGGAAUCCACCCUGGAAGCCAUCAUGUCUAAAGUAGACUUGUCAGAUACACUCAUUGUUGUUACAGCUGAUCACUCGCACGUUAUGACAAUGGGAGGAUUGGCAACCCCUCGCGGUAACGACAUAUUGGGCGUAGACGUCAAGCCGUCGGACGUGGACGGGCUGCCGUACAGUACGCUGCUCUACGGCAACGGGCCCGGGCACAGCGCCGAACACCGUCUGGUGCCCAUGUUGAACGCGACGGACGCGGAGACGCACAACAGGUUGCACGGGGCCGCCGUGCCCCGUCAGUGGGCCACUCACGGGGGCGAAGACGUGCCCGUUUACGCGGCCGGGCCACCGGGCAUCACGCAAGCCCUGUUCUCCGGCACUUUCGACCAGUCGUUCGUGCCGCACGCCAUCGCGUACGUGGCUUGCCUGGCCGAACACGCCGAACGGUGUCGGCGGGAGGACGCCGAAGCGGCCAACCGGAGCAACAGCGACGCCGCGUUUGCCGCCGGUAAGGCGGGCGUCCUCGGGGUCGGACCCUCGUCGCAGGGCUGCUCGGUGGACACGAACGCCGUGACCAGGACGGCAGCGACAGGUGGUGCCAAAAGCGGAGCAGCUAUAGUACUGGCCAGCAGCGUAUUGUCCGACAACGGGUCGUCCAAGCAAACUAACAAUACGAACCCACUGCUGAACCUUGGUUACGCGCUGAUCGCCGCGGCUGCCAUGCUCGUCGUAGCGAUCACGUAAAUAUCGAAAAAAGAGGCGGGACUAAGCCCUCGAUAUCGGCGACUUCGCGCUCGUAAUAUGUUAUUUUAUUAUAUCGAUAUUGUUUUUUAAUUAUUUUCGGCAUUGUUAUUGACGUCGUCGUCUGUUGAUGUUAUAAAUCGACGGUUUUUUUUUUUUAUUUUUGUUAUGUUAUCGGGGCAUUAUAGUAUGUGCGUAUAUAUGGGAGGAGGAUAAGCAAUUACAGAUCUAAGGGAUUAAUGAGGUCGAGAGUAGGCGUCUCGUGUAGAUCACCGCCGGUUCGAGAUAACAAUAUUGCACACGUGGCACUCGCACACGCGCACUUCUGCGGUAUUAUUUACAUACCUAUGCAACAUGCGCUAUACGAACGAUAGUACAUCAUAAUGUACGUUUUGUAAAAUGUGCACACGUAAUACUAUUUACUUUGUACCAUAUUUUUUUUUUUGUUUUCAUACAUAGACAUCGCCGGUGUGAAUAAAAUUAUCUUAAAACAAGGUUCUAUGUUUAUAAUAAAUAAAUAUAAUUGUAUAUUAUAUGUAUACAAAAUGAUACCAUAUGUAAGUGUUUAUUUUUCCAGAUAGCUGUUUCCCAUUCCAACUCCCGCGACAUAUGUAUAUAUUGUACACUUUGAUAAUAUUAUGUAUAUAAUCGACUUACCAAAAUAUGUAUACGAAAAAAAUACCAUGUAAAAACCCCGAAGAGAAAUUCCGAUAAAUUUUAUUUUCAGUAUUCUUUUGAACACUUAACCUUUAUAAUUUGGGUACCUACGUAAUUUUCAACGCGACAAAAUCACGAGCACGUAUAAUGUUUUUUGAUUGGUGGACGUAGAUAUACUGUUGAACGCUCUGCAAAGUGGUGAACACCGAAAAUGCCAAUAAUCAAUUCUGCCAAAGCAAUCAGAAAAUAAAUGGCAAUAUUAUGUUAAAUUUCACAAGUUCCUGUACAGGUAAUAAAUCUUGUAUAUAUUUUAAUUCUUAUUUCAGUUGAUUAUGUAGUGCGAAUAACACAAUCGGAUUACUUAAUCAGUAAGCACACAUAUCUUUCAUUAAAUCACAACGUUUGCUAAAAAUAUCAAGAUCGAUAUAAUUUUAUCAUGAUUUGUAGUUUUUUGACAUUGUAUGGAUCGUAAAAAAAGUUAUCACUUAUUUUAUUCUUGAAAUCGUAUUAAUAAAAAAUUGAUAUAGUUUUCCGAUGAUGAAUUUCAUUUAUGAUUUGUAGACAAUAAACCAAAUUUUUCACUAAUAAUAGCAGAUAUUAUAAUUCGUUAUUUUUUGCAGUUUCUGCAUUUUUAUUAAUGCUUUUUAUCAUUAAGUAUUAUAUAAAAUAAAUUUUACUAAAUCUGUUAUUGUAUUAUCAACAAAUUGUAAUCGAAUAAAAAUAAUUUUUACAGUUAACUAUUUGAAUCUACUUGGUGCUUAAAUAUAAUAUAUAUAUACACACAUACAAUAAAUUAUAUUACUCAUGAAAUAUUGAAAUAAAUUCAACAGUUAUUACUAAUUUUUAUUAUUCAUAAUCUAAAAAAAAAAUAAUAAUAAUGUAUUGUUUCAUUUUUGUUAUUGUUAUCAACAGUAUAUUUAUUUUGACUAUGACGGAUACAAAUUAUAUGCAUUUUUGGCUUUUUAUAUUAUGUAAUCUGAUUAGAUAAAAAUUAAAAACACAUUAAAUAGUAUUAAAAAUUAAUAAUAAUUAAUUAUCAGUUUUCCUAGAUGAUUAGCUAAAUUGUAUAAAUAAUUAUACAUAGUCUUAAAUAUGUUUAGUAAAACAAUAAGCAUACGUAGAUGUCUGAGGAUAUGCAGCUGAUAAAAUGUGCUCUCUGAAAAUAUAAAUGUUCACACCAUUGUCUUAAAAAUAUUUAUGAUUAAUAUUAUUAUUAUAACUACUUCUUUUUAAACAAAAUAGGUUUUUCAAUAUUGUUUUUUAUGUCGAAAAAUAAAAACAUAUUUUUAUAAAGACAAGUUUAUUGAAAACAAUAAUAUAAUUUUAUGAUUCUUGUCACAUAGUUAAACCAUAAAUAUCAAUCGUACCUACAAUAUAUUUUUCAUUCAUUUAAAAAAUAUUAUUUAGUACUUUGGUCAUACGCCAUCUAAAAAAAGUGUCUACUUCAUAGCCCGCAGGUUAUGGAACCAUAUACCUGCAUACCCCGUGUUCAUGCUUUUGUGUAAAACAAUUUCUAAUUCCACUAGAAUAUGAAAUUAAGAGUGUCCUCAAGGGAUUUGAAAAUGAUACCUCUUUUCAACUAUAUUAGUUACUAGUUAUUUCCGCAUAUAUAUUAUAUAAUUCAAUUAUCCAAAUGAUUAAAUUUUUAUGAAGGAAUUACAUUGAAUUGUACUCAUUUAUUAUAUACCUAUAGCUGUUGAUCUUCUAGUAAAUAUCAUAACUUUUACAAUCGCCAUACAUUUCUUAUGAAAAAAACAGUUUGAAUAAAAUUACACUUUUGCCGGUUGGGUUAUAAUAAAUUCAUAUAGUUGGGUAAAAUACCUAAGAUCUACAUUCAAUUUUAAAAUAAGCCAAAACCAGAGAAUAAUAUACAUGAAUUAUAUUUUAUUACAUCGAAAAUUUACUAGAUAUUUAUAGGUGUUUUUUGAGGGAUGCAAAAACUUUUUAAAUUUUAAAGCCAUGCGAUUUCUUUAAAGCUAAAUAUGAUAUAUGUAAUAAAAAACAUCUAAAUGAUAUAAGUAUCCAAAACUAUGAUUUGUCAAGGUCAAGUCAUAGCUGAUCUACACGUUUGAAAGUCUCAAUUUACGUAAUCUACCCCAAGAAUACCUCCACCAAGGUACCAACUAAAAACGGUUGCACCCUUCAACAUGUAACAAAUCGCCUCGAGAAGAAGAAAUCACUGUUCUCAAAAACAUAUAAAAAAUAUCCGGUCUAAAAAAAAUGUAUUAAAAAAAAUAUUUCAGGACUCAAUUUCCAAAAUACAUAAAUAAAUUUUCUAGUUACAUAUUGUGUUAACAAAAUUAAAUUGGUUAGUCUGAAAAAGUCUUAGCGUUGUUAAUAAAGUUUUGAACACAAUUUAUAUAGUAAAACAUUUCUUCAUGAUUUUACUGAUUUUACAGUGUAAUUCUCUUUGGGUAAUAUUUUAAACUCGAUUAGUUUAAAAUUUAUUUUUAUUUUUAAAAAUAAAAUGUAAUUAAUAAAGUUAAGGAAAGAAAUCGAUUUUUUUCUUUGAACCCUAUACGAAAUCUUUUUACACCAAAGUUUAAACAAAACUUUCUAGACCACCUUUUCGUAUCUCCUUAUUUUGGUCUGAUUUCAAAAUGUUCAUAGUUUUACUAUAUCUAUACCUAUACUACUUAUUUAUUGUUUAAAAAUUUAAGAUAAAAAUAUACUUUUGUAUAGUAUGUAAUAAUAAAUAAUAUGGUUUGUAUUAUAGUAUUUACUAGGUUAUCAAUACAGGUUUAAUCGUGUUCUUGUUUUUUUUUUUUUAAUUCUAUCGACUUAAUCAAAAUUAUGAAAAAAUAUUUUAAUCUACCACUACUCUAAAAAAUAACGGUUAUAUUUUUAUUUAUUUAAUUUAACAAACUAGCAAAUAUUUCCAGAA